UUCUCGGUUGGGGAGUUAGGAAGACCACCUCCUUCUCUCUCUUUAAUAAAACGCCACCUACCGUCUCCCUCAGCGUGGGUUUGAAACGCCAGGAGAUCGUCCCUCCUGCCUUCUUCCUCCCUCCCUCCCUUCCUUCCGGGAGAAACCCUCGAGGAGGACAGUCGGUGUUGUUCCUGGAGAACUCGUUCUCCAUCCUGUGCUUAGUUGGCAUUGGUUUCAGCAACAGAGCAGGGGCACGCAGGGAAUUCUUGGUUUCUUCAUCUUUCUCAGAGUUGUCACAACUUUUGGCUCGGGAAUUGUUAGUUUGUUCGAGUACGUCGUUGGAGGCUGAUUCUGGCGCUUUUAAAGACAGAAUGAGAUAGUUUUUUUUUUGCUUCGAAAUCAGAUGUUGGAAAGAUGAAUGUGGUGGGAAGGGUUGGGAGUUUGAUAUCUCAGGGUGUUACAACCGUGGCCUCCCCUUUCCAUCCCUUCGGUGGCGCCGUUGACAUUAUUGUGGUGCAAAGGGAAGGCGGUACUUAUAGAACCACUCCUUGGUGCGUGAGGUUUGGCAAAUUUCAGGGUGUUCUUAAGGUCUCAGAGAAGAUCGUUACUAUCUCCGUCAAUGGCGUAGAUGCGAAUUUUCACAUGUAUUUAGAUAAUUCAGGGGAGGCAUAUUUCUUGAAGGAGGUUGAUACAAGAGAGGAUGGCUGUCAGCAGGAUGAGGAUUUGGAACAAAGUGUUGAAAAAGGAUCAUCAGAGACAGGUAUUAUUGAUGUUGCGGAUGAUGCAUGUGAAGAGAAGAGCCAGACAGUGUCAGGUGGUGUUAUUGAAUUGCAGAUGGCUAGGCAGGAAGUCAACAAUGAUGAAUCUUCACUACCAGUUGAAGGAUUCAUAGAUGAACAAGCCUUGGAUGAGAACAAAGAGGAGUUGUUAUCCACUAGCAGUAGUUUUCGAUAUGAGAGUGCCAUUGGUGUACAGCUGGAUGAUGAUGGGUCAAGGAUGUCUGAAUCUUCUGACUCGGAAGUGGUUUUGAUGACUGUGGAUGGUCAUUUGAUUAGUGCUCCUGUAUCUAGUUCUGAAAACACAGACUAUGUGCAGUUAAGCACACCUCAAUUUUACCUGGUUCCAGAGGAAGAUUCAGGGAUGGAUGUGAAUGAGGUAGAAGAGUCUCCAGAAAACAUGGAAAAUAUGCAGCUAAACACACCUCAAUCUUACCUGGUUACAGAACAAGAGUCAGGAAUGGAGAUUAAUGAGGUAGAAGGGUCUACUGAGUAUCAGGGAGUUUAUAUAGAAAAUUGUGCUGAAAAGUCUCCUGAAAGACCUACACUAGAGCUGUGUGAACAGUCUCCUUGUUCAGUUCAAGAAUUUACAACAUCUUCUGACAGUUUGCUUGAAGGUGUUAUUGUGAACAAUGGUACUGGAAGUAGUUCUGCUGCUGAAAUUUGUGCUGCAAUAAAUGAGCUUACUAGCCACAUUGAGAUAAAAUGUAAUGGUGGAGAUUGUCCUGAAUUUUGUGCUGAGAACAUUCAAGAUGGUCCAGAUGGAAGUGUUGCUAAGUUGGUUGUGGACUCUAGCCAAGAUCAAGAAGACCUUUUCUCAAGUUGCCUGGGCCUCUCAGAACUCACCAAACACAUCGAGAAUGAUGACUCAGAAAACUUGCCUGUGGAGCUUGAAACCACUCAUUUCUCAUUUAUAGAUGAGAAAAUUGAUCAUGCACAUAACGAUGAUCUUGACAAAGAUAAAACAGCAGAAGUUAGACCAGAGAAUGAGGCUCCAAAUUCUGAUAUUGUAGAAAUUGAACAAGCCCCCACAACUGUGGCUGUGAAAAAUUCACAAUCUGCACAGGACAAUGCCGGCGAUGAAGCAACUGGGAACAUGGAUAUUUCAGAGCCCCAUUUGAAGAUCUCACCUGAACUAGCAAAAUAUGGAUUGACCAGAAGUAUUGAAAUUUCUCUCUGCGGAAACCUACUUCAUGCCAACAUGGGCAUUGCUGCUGCUGCACAAGCUUUUGAAGCACACCAAAUAUCUGAAGGGGAGUUCAAAGCUUCAGGUGCAUCAAUUAUCAAGAACAAAAAUCUUAUCGUAAGAUGCAAGGAGAAGUAUUUGCCAUGGGAAAAGGCUGCUGCAUUGAUUCUUGGAAUGGUUGCAUUUGGUUUGGAAUUUCCAUCUGACCCAUUAGAUGCUAUUCCUGUUGAACAGGAUGUGAUUUCAAGACUUAAUUCUCGAGGUACUUCUCCUCUUCCUUCGCGAGGAUGGAGAUUCUGGUCUAUACCAUUUAGACGGGUCAAAACUCUUGAACAGAGUAACAGUGACUCUUUCAAUGAUGAGGUGUCCCUGCUCUCUGAACCUCCAUCAGAGAGUCCUAGUGUGACAACAGCGGCUCCAUCUAAUAAUAAGACUGAUUCUCCAAGAAAGCAGUUGAUGCGCACUAACAUUCCUACAAGUGAACAGAUUGCAUCUCUAAAUUUGAAAGAUGGGCAGAAUGUUAUUACUUUCAGUUUUUGUACAAAGGUCCUAGGGAAGCAGCAGGUUGAUGCUCGCAUCUAUCUAUGGAAGUCUAAUGCACGUAUUGUCAUAUCUGAUGUUGAUGGGACCAUUACCAAGUCUGAUGUCCUUGGUCAAUUUAUGCCAUUAGUUGGAAGAGAUUGGACUCAGUCUGGUGUCGCAAGGUUGUUCUCUGCAAUUAAGGAGAAUGGCUAUCAAUUACUUUUUCUGAGUGCACGUGCAAUAGCUCAAGCAUAUUUGACCAGGAAUUUUCUCCAUAAUCUCAAACAGGAUGGGAAAGCAUUGCCCAAUGGGCCUGUUUUGAUUUCACCUGAUGGACUGUCUUACUCUUUUAUUCGAGAAGUUGUGCGAAGAAAGCCCCAUGAGUUUAAGAUUGCAUGUUUGGAGGAAAUAAGAGCUCUAUUUCCUUCUGACUACAACCCAUUUUAUGCUGGAUUUGGGAACAGAGACACUGAUGAGCUCAGCUACAGGAAGAUUGGUAUACCAAAAGGAAAAAUAUUUAUUAUAAAUCCCAAGGGUGAAGUGGCCAUUGAUAAUUGCGUUGAUUCAAGGUCAUAUUGUUCUUUGCAUACGCUAGUGAAUGAUAUGUUUCCCCCAACGUCUCUAACAGAGCAGGAGGAUUUCAACAACUGGAACUACUGGAAGUUGCCUUUCACGAGUAUUGAGGUCUAAUUCUUGGAACCAAACGUCCUGGAGCCAUAAUUCAUUCAUUGGACAUUGAGAUGCACAGAUGUUCCACGACAGAUGGUCUCUAUUACAGAUAGCCCAUCUUUGUGUAUGUUGUAACUUGUAAGCUAUUUGUUCUUUAAUAUUCUGUCUGUCUAAUAAAAGUGGCUUGCUUUGCUAUCCAAA